AUAUGCUCAGUCUCAUUCAGUCAAUCGCAAAUCAGCGUUUGCAAUUCGGAAGGACGGUUGACUAUAAAAUAAAAUCCUGUUUUUCUAAUUUAUUACACGUAGAGUAUUAUUGGAAAUUUAUUCUGAAAAUCUAGUGUUCAGUUUUCGAUCCACCGGUAUUCACCCCACAGCAGAUUGUAUUGGGUUGUAUUGAAAGAUCUCUAGUUUUCCGGUUCGAAAUUAUUCCAUUGGUGUCAUAUUGUGAAAUAUUUUCGGACACUUGAACAAAAUCCUGUUAUCAGUGAACAUGUCUGAUUUGCCAAAGCUGUCUCGAUCGGUGAGAGUCAACACGGAUCUGGAUAUUCGCCGGGAGCUCGUUAACCGGCCUGAGGAUAGGCCAGCACUACAUAUUUUCCGCAACCAGGAGGCUAGAAGUGGAGUUUCAUGGAAGGAAUUCAAAGUGUACAUAAGCAAACAGAUGGAAGCCAAAGAAUCGGCAAUGGUAACGAACAAUUUGCGCAAUUUAUGGAAUCACUGUCGCGAUAUGCUGGGAAACGAAGAGAAUGCUGUGCUGGUGGACGAAGCGGCAAUCUUUAUCCUACGAUUGUUUUUGGACCAGAAGAUUGUUAUGAUGAAGCACACCUCACGUCUUAAAAAAAUGUUCGGUCAAGUUCCGAAUGGACUCAUCAAUAAAAUGUUUGUGCUUGUGAGUGAAAUAAGUUCACAUCUCAACGAGGAUUGUCGAAAAUUUCUAGAGGAAUCAGAGAAACACACAGAAGCAGAUGGAUCUAAAUCUCUUUGGGGAUCCCACGUAAAUUGCAAUAUGCCAGAUGGCUUCAAUCACGACUUCAGUUUACUAUCGGAUCUUUCCCCAGCCCUUCCAUCGGAGAACAAAUCCACGAUUGCAUUCUCGAUGAAGUAUGACAGCAAAUCACAUCCGCAACCGGAGCCAUGUUCUUCCCAAUCAGCGGAAGAGAAACACACGCGAUCGUGGUUGGCGAAACAAAUGCCGGCGGAGAUGAUUGAUAGCUUAGUUGAUCUUCUAAAAUCGGCAAAAUCAAACGAUGAGCUUCAAAAUGAUUUAUUUGAUUUGCUUGGCUUCGACAAGUUUGAAUUGAUCGAAGAGUUGUUGCAGAACCGAAAGCAGGUUAUUGAAAAAGUUAAGGCUAUGGCACAGAUAAAUGUUUUUAAAGAGAAAGCUGUGAAAAAGCUGGAAGCAAUGCAACAUGCACCCUCAUAUCUGAUGCCAGUCAUGAUACAGUCCGAAUCGGAGAAGCAACUUCGGAAGCAGGUCAACAAGGAGGAAAAGAAACUGAAGAAAUUUUUAAAUUCCGUCGGUGGUGUCGAUGAAGAGGAAGAAGAAUUGGACCCACUGAAAUUGAGACUGAACUAUCAGCAGAGUCUGUUAAUGGCGGCCCAAAUGGCGCCAAUUUUGGAUGACAAGCCGCCGAGAACGAUGGCACCGAGGCCACCGAAACAAGUCAAAUAUACUAACGUGUACGAUUCAUAUAGCGAAGCUAAGUCCCAUGUAGGAUUUAUUGCUGGUGGAAAAUUAAUGCUACCGGACAAUGUGGAAAGAAAUGAUACCAAGAUGUUUGAGGAGGUCAAAAUUCCGGCAACCGAUCCGCCGUCUUUAUCCAUAGGAGAAAACAGAAUUCAAACCAACUCUUUAGACGAGAUAGGACAGAUAGCCUUCAAAGGUUGCAAAGAGCUAAAUCGGAUCCAGACAGUUGUUUAUUCUGCUGCUUAUCACAGCAAUGAAAAUUUGCUGAUUUGUGCCCCUACCGGUGCAGGUAAGACAAACGUGGCAAUGUUAACCAUAGUUAACACAAUUCGACAAUUUGUGGACCAAGGAGUGAUCCAUCGUGAUCAGUUCAAAAUUGUUUAUGUUGCCCCGAUGAAAGCGUUGGCUGCCGAAAUGACUAGCAAUUUUGGCAAACGAUUACAACCGCUUGGCAUUGCGGUAAGAGAGCUCACUGGCGAUAUGCAGUUGACAAAAACGGAAAUGCAACAGACACAGAUGAUUGUCACCACUCCUGAAAAGUGGGAUGUUGUCACUAGGAAAGGUGCUGGCGAUGUCGCUUUCAUCAGUCUCGUGAAGCUUCUCAUCAUCGAUGAAGUUCACCUGUUGCACGGUGAACGUGGACCAGUGGUGGAAGCAUUGGUAGCUCGCACACUCCGUCUGGUGGAAUCAUCGCAGAGCAUGAUUCGAAUAGUUGGCCUGUCAGCUACUCUUCCAAACUAUAUUGAUGUUGCCCGAUUCCUCAGGGUAAACCCAAUGAUCGGUUUGUUCUUUUUCGAUUCGCGCUUCCGACCGGUUCCGCUUAGCACGGAUUUCAUCGGUGUCAAGUCGCUCAAGGCGCUCCAGCAGUUGUCCGAUAUGGACACGAUUUGCUAUGAUCGCUGUAUCGAUAUGGUGCGCCAGGGUCAUCAGGUCAUGGUGUUUGUUCAUGCUCGAAACGCAACUGUACGAACGGCCACCGUCAUCAAGGAGUUCGCCCAACAGAAAGGACACUCGCAGUUGCUCACUCCGGAAAGCAAUCCGGAGUAUGGGAACGCGAUGAAGGCGAUUUCGAAGAGCAGAAACAAGCAGCUGGUGGAACUGUUCAUGAGUGGGCUGGCCAUGCAUCAUGCUGGGAUGCUGCGACAGGAUCGAAAUCUGGUGGAAAAAUAUUUCGCUGAUGGAAUUAUUAAGGUGCUAGUAUGUACCGCCACGCUGGCGUGGGGUGUAAAUCUUCCAGCCCAUGCCGUCAUUAUCAAAGGAACCGAAAUAUACGACUCAAAGCACGGUACCUUUGUGGAUCUCGGUAUUCUAGAUGUGUUGCAAAUUUUCGGACGUGCAGGACGACCCCAGUUCGACAAAAGUGGUGUCGGUACCAUCAUCACGACCCAUGAUAAACUGAAUCACUACCUCUCGCUGUUAACCAAUCAGUUCCCGAUCGAAUCGAACUUCAUACAGUGUCUGGUGGAUAAUUUGAACGCUGAAAUUACACUCGGCACGAUCAGUAACAUUGACGAAGCGAUCGAGUGGCUCAGCUAUACGUAUCUGUUUGUGCGAAUGAGAAUGAAUCCACAGUGCUAUGGUCUGAAUUAUCAGGAUUUGCAGGAGGAUCCAAUGUUGGAGAGGAAAAGACGUCAACUGAUCAGUACGGCUGCGAUGGCGCUGGAUAAAGCGCGAAUGGUUCGGUACAAUGAACGGACAGGGGACCUGAAUGUGACAGAUUUGGGCAGAACAGCUUCCCAUUUCUAUAUCAAGUACGAUACGGUUGAAGUAUUCAAUGAAAUGUUGAAACCAAUCAUGAACGAAGCUGAUAUCUUAGCGAUGAUGUCAAAUGCCCAAGAAUUCGAACAGCUGAAGGUGAGAGACGACGAAAUGGAUGAGUUAGAUGAGCUGACAAGAAUUUGCUGUGAAGUUCCUGUGCGUGGAGGAAGCGAGAACAUUCAUGGAAAGGUGAACAUUUUGAUGCAGACAUACCUGUCCAAGGGUUUUGUGCGAUCGUUUUCGCUUAUUUCGGAUAUGUCCUACAUAACACAGAAUGCUGUAAGAAUAGCGCGAGCACUGUUCACAAUCGUGCUCCGACAAAACAAUCCAAUCUUAGCGGGGCGAAUGUUGAACGUAAGCAAAAUGUUCGAAAAGCAAAUGUGGGAAUUUAUGACUCCGAUGCAUCAGUUUCCGAACCUAUCGUUUGACAUAAUGGAAAAAAUCGAGCACCGUGGGCUCAGCGUAUUGGCUCUGAGAGAUAUGGACGUGAAAGAGAUUGGAGACAUGUUAAGGAAUCACCGGCAAGCGGUAGUUGUUAAACGCUGUGCAGAAGAAUUUCCACUGCUUGAUAUAGAAGCAUCGCUUCAGCCAAUAACAAGAACCGUGCUGAGAAUUCGCAUAUUUAUAACACCUUGCUUCAAAUGGAACGAUCGGGUCCACGGCAAGACGGCUGAAUCUUUUUGGAUUUGGAUCGAGGAUCCGGAAAGCAAUUUUAUCUACCAUUCUGAGUAUUUCCAGAUAACCAAAAAGCAGACAAUCCGAACAGAAGUUCAAGAGUUAGUCAUGACGAUUCCACUCAAGGACCCACUACCUCCGCAGUAUUAUAUUCGGGCAAUCAGUGACACCUGGUUGGGUAGCUCCAAUCUCGUCCCCUUGUCCUUCAAACACCUCAUCCUACCAGAGGUCCAUCCUCCACACACUGAGCUGCUUCCACUCCAACCGCUUCCCGUAACCGUACUCAACAAUCGGAAAUUUGAGAAGCUCUAUAAUUUCACACACUUCAAUCCGAUUCAAACCCAGAUAUUUCACUGCCUAUACCACACCGAUAAUAACGUGCUCCUGGGAGCUCCUACCGGCUCGGGAAAAACAAUCGCAGCUGAAAUCGCCAUGUUUCGAGUGUUCAAAACGCUGCCCAAAGGAAAGGUUGUCUAUAUCGCCCCGCUAAAGGCCCUCGUCAAAGAGCGUAUCGAUGAUUGGAAAGUUAGGAUCGAGCAAAACCUAGGGAGGAAGGUUGUGGAGCUGACCGGUGAUGUUACGCCGGACAUAAAAGCCAUCCGCGACUCGCACGUGAUUGUAACGACACCCGAAAAAUGGGACGGUAUAAGUCGUUCCUGGCAGACUCGCGACUACGUUAGAGACGUGGCACUGAUCGUGAUUGAUGAAAUCCAUCUGCUCGGCGAAGAUCGUGGUCCGGUACUGGAAGUAAUCGUUUCACGUACCAACUUCAUUGCCUCCCACACGGAGCGUACCUUGAGAAUUGUGGGUCUCUCUACAGCUCUCGCAAAUGCACGGGAUCUCGCCAACUGGCUGGGUAUAGGGAUGAUGGGACUGUACAACUUCAAACCAUCGGUACGUCCGGUACCGCUGUCUGUACAUAUCCAAGGAUUCCCAGGCAAACACUACUGUCCGCGUAUGGCCACCAUGAACCGACCUGCAUUCCAAGCGAUACGACAAUAUUCCCCUUGCACUCCAGCGUUAAUAUUUGUCGCUUCCCGUAAGCAGACUCGUAUCACUGCGCUUGAUCUGAUUGCAUUCCUUGCGGGGGAAGACAACCCAAAGCAGUUCUUACACAUCCCCGAGCAGGAGAUGGAUCAAAUUCUGAUGAAUAUCAAAGACAAUAAUCUGAAGCUGACGUUGGCGUUCGGCAUUGGAAUUCACCAUGCAGGCUUGCAGGAACGCGAUCGAAAAACCGCUGAAGAGUUGUUUUUGCAUCGAAAAAUCCAGGUGCUGAUAGCCACGGCUACCUUGGCCUGGGGUGUCAAUCUUCCCGCCCAUUUGGUGAUUGUGAAGGGAACCGAAUUUUUCGACGGUAAACUGAAACGAUAUGUCGACAUGCCGAUUACGGAUGUGCUGCAAAUGAUGGGCCGAGCGGGAAGACCACAGUUUGGGAACGAAGGAGUGGCGUGUGUGUUCGUGCAUGACGUGAAAAAGAACUUCUACAAAAAGUUCCUGUACGAUCCGUUUCCGGUGGAAUCGAGCCUACUAGAGGUGCUGCCUGAUCACGUGAAUGCAGAAAUUGUAGCCGGAACAGUGCAAACAAAACAGGGCGUUUUGGAUUAUCUCACCUGGACAUACUUCUUCCGAAGGCUGCUACGAAACCCUGCCUACUACAACUUGGAAGACAUCGAACAAACGCAGGUCAAUUAUUAUCUAUCGACGAUGGUGCAGAAGGUGUUGGAUACGCUGAUGAGGGCAGGUUGCCUUGAAAUCGCAGACGACGAUCGGGGCUUGAUCCCAACAUCGAUGGGAAGAAUUUCAUCGUUUUACUAUAUGUCGCAUCAGAGUAUGCGCCACUUUGCGGACGUGCUGAGACAUGAUAUGCAUUUCGAGGAACUUUUGCGAGCUAUGGUUGACGCGUGGGAAUUCGAGCAGCAACCGGUGCGGCACCACGAGGAUGUAUACAACACCGAACUAUCGAAACUUUGUCCGUUGAAAAUUGAUCCCCUGUCGGUGGACAAUCCACACACGAAAGUUUUCCUCCUUAUGCAAGCUCACAUGUCUCGUGUACCACUUCCAAACUCAGAUUAUGGAACUGACACCAAGUCUGUGCUGGAUCAAUCCAUCCGAAUCAUACAGGCUAUGAUUGACAUUACGGCAGAACGAGGGUGGUUAGCCAGUACUCUCAGGAUACAGCAGCUGAUGCAGUGCAUCGUUCAAGCGCGUUGGAUUGAUGAUCCUGUUGUGUUAACGCUGCCGCAUGUCGAACCACACAACGCACAUAUUUUUAAUCACAUCAAAACGGACCAUCCAUUCCUAACUCUGCCGGUGCUAAAAGAAACAUGCCACCGGAAGUAUGAAAAUUUGGCUGGUCCACUGAGACAGGAAUUUGAGGAACCGGAAAUUGAACAAAUUUAUAAAGUAAUAUGUGCUCUGCCUUCAAUCAACGUGCAGCUCGCGGUUCGUGGUCCGUUCCGUGACGUUGCGAGCGUGGAUCGUCCUGUGACGCAACCACAGUCGCGCGACACUUGGUUGGAAGUGUACGCUAAACAGGAGUACGUGUUGAAUGUGCAAAUCAUUAGGUUGGGUAGUUUUGAAUCGCUCAAAGUGCACUGCCCUAAAUUUCCCAAGGGUAAAGAUGAAGGUUGGUUUCUUACGCUUGGACAUCAGGCUGAGGCUGAGCUUAUUGCGAUGAAGCGCUGUGUGUAUCGGAGUAACAGGAGCGCGCAUCAGUUGAGUUUUUGUGCACCUAGCAGACUGGGUCGGUGCAUCUACACAGUUUAUCUUAUGUCGGAUGGGUACAUUGGGAUGGAUCAGCAGUAUGAUAUCAAUCUGGAUGUUGUACCGCCGCCUCCGCAAGUGCUGGGAAUGUUAGCCGGUGUAGACGAUGAGGCGCAUACGCCACACUUCAAAGACGAAAUGUAAUCUGGUUCUUUCACUGUGACCUAUAAGUGAUUGAAUUUGAAGAGCUGAGAUGUUUGAUGCAGCCGUGAUCGAAAAAGUACAUAAUGUGAUUCGUUAACAUAUAGUCGAUGUUUCUAAGUUCUUAGAACGGAUUUUUAUCUUUUGUAAAUAAA